GACCAGAAUCCAUGUACUCAUUAAGACCAUUAUUCUGGUUGCUGCUAGCAGUCGCAGCGGUUCAAGCCUCUGUACUUUCUCUACAGUCCCCUCGUUUCACCAUUUUAUCAUCUAGCGCAGAGCAGUUGCGUUCUGAGCCGCUUUCAGUGACCCAAAAGCCUGCACCUUUGACUCUCGGUGCAAGUGAUGCACUCAAGCUUACGUUCCAAGUACUUGAUAAGGAUGAAGGCAAAGGUGUACAACCGCACCAGACGUUCCUACGAUUCUAUGACGAGAUAUCUGGCGAAGAGGGUAUUCAACCCGUCCGGGUGACUAGCGGUGGAAAGGCUAAGUUCGAGCUGAAUAUGGCGCGUCCACCAGCGUCCAUCCCACCUACGUCCGCUGGCAUCCCCCUCAAGGUCGAACUCAUCAUCGGCUCCUUUGUCCAUUCACCACUCAAAGUUGAACUCUUUGAACUCUUUCUUCCCGAGUCUCAUCCUGCCCCGCAACACCCUGAUGAAGCGUCGUUUCACCCUCUCCCUCCCAUUCACCACACAUUCCGUCCGGAGCAGAAGCUUCCACCACGAAUCAUCUCCGCAGUAUCUGCUGUUCUCGUCCUUGCGCCAUGGGUGGUACUGGUUGGCUUGUGGGGACAUAUUCGUCCAAGCGUUCCGUAUUUGCUCUCACCUAGCAUCCUUCCCUUCAUCGUCACUCUUGGUGCCUUUGAGACCCUCCUGGUUUGGUAUUGGGUCGACUUGAAGCUUGGACAGGUUCUGCUAUACGGUGGUAUCCUUAGUGUCUUCGCUGCUCUCGCCGGCAGGCAAGCACUUGCUACCAAAGGCGAUCUACGAGUUGGCAGAAAGUAGCAUUCGCUGUACCUUAGACCUUAUAGACAGAAUGAUUGCUUCCUCUGACGCACACACAAGUGUCAAGACCUGCAGGAUAUACGUCUAUUGUCAAUCUACUGUUACAGUUGCAGCCCGUGGUAUACCCGUCUCGGAAGGUAAAAGGAGGAACGUAGCACAGUACCCGUAUC